UAUCUCCUUCUCUCCAGCCCCAGCCCCAGCCCCUGUCAUCUAAUCAGCCGUUCUCAGCUUUGCCUUUCCCUUCUCUCUCUCUCUCAACUCAUCAAUAUAUCUUUUAAAACACAAAACCCUUCGUCUUCAAUUAAAAGUUAAAACCACAUCCGUUCUCCUUUCUGUCUCCAGUGGGUGAAAUAAUCUAGGGUUUUCAUUUUUGUCAUAUCGUACCUAUACGCACAUUUUUCUAAUUCGUACUACUACAAAAUACUAUAACAGUAUACAUAUAUAUAUUGACUCUAUAAUUUGAUUGAGAUGGUCUCCGGUGCGAGAAUCGAUGGAGGAGGGACGACGCAAAUUGUAUCGGCAGGGCUGAUGAAAACCAUUCAAUCAAUCAAAGAAAUAGUGGGCAAUCACACUGAUGGUGACAUAUAUGCUGCCCUUAAAGAGACCAAUAUGGAUCCUAACGACGCUGCUCAAAAAUUGCUUUAUCAAGAUCCAUUUCAUGAAGUGAAGAGAAAAAAGGACAAGAAGAAAGAGAAUCCAGGAUACACGAGUUCUGCAGCUGCAGAACCAAAAAGAUAUCUUGAGCAUGGAGGUCAAGCAGUGAAAUUGAAUACUUAUUCCGACCGCAAUAUGAGAAGACUUACCCAUGUUCGCAAUACUUCAUCGGGAUUCAGUCGUGAGUUUCGUGUUGUACGUGACAACAGAGUUAAUCAGAAUUCUUACCAAGAUUCAAAGCCUGUGCAAAGUUCAACUUCUAUCAGUGAUCCAACGGUUAAUAAUGCUUCUGUAAAGAGUACCUCUGCAGGAGCUUCUAUGAAUCAAAAGCCACAUUUUGGACGCCAAGCAUUUCAAGUUUCGAAUGGCCCUACUGAUUUACAAUCUGGGCAAUCCAAGGAUGGUAUUAUGAGUGUCCCUGUGAAGAAAGAUUUGUUUGGGGAGAGGCAGCAAACAGUUCCUAAUACUGCUCUACAGGUGCUGUCUGUGAAGCCAAAUGAUUCCGAGAUACCUUCUACAGCAUCACUGAAUAAUUCUGUAGUUGGGGUUUAUUCUUCUUCUUCGGACCCUGUUCAUGUGCCAUCUCCUGAUUCCAGAGCAGCUUCUAAGAUUGGGGCUAUAAAACGUGAAGUUGGUGCUGUGGGUGCUCAGCGUCAGAAUUCUGAUCCUUCUGCUAGAUUUUCAUCUUCCCAGAACAGCUCCUUUUCAACUUUGCAUCUGGGACGGGAAGGCCCCUCCUCAAGAGAAUCACCACGUUCUUUUGGUAAUGUAUCUAAAGGUGACCAAUCUAGUCAAAAUGUACUACCUGAAUCGGCAGCUAUGACUAGGUCAUUCCCAAACAGUCAAUAUACUGGCAGGGGCCAUCAACUUAUGGGUCAUCAAAAAGCCCCUCAGCCUAAUAAGGAGUGGAAACCAAAAUCAAGCCGGAAACCAACUGUUAAUGAUCCUGGAAUUAUUGGAAUGCCUACUAGUGCUGCUGCUUCUCCAGUUGACAGCUCCAAAGAUGUGGGAAGUGAAGCAGCUCAGUUGGAAGAUAAGCUGUCACAUGUAAACAUGUCUGACAACCAGAAUGUCAUCAUAGCUGCUCAUAUUCGUGUAUCUGAGACUGACCGCUGUCGGCUUACCUUUGGCAGCUUGGGGGCUGAUUUUGAGACCACAAAGUCUGGCUUUCAAGCAGUUCCAAGUGCAGAAGAAACUAACAUGGAGCCUUCUGGAUGUUUACCAGCCUCUUCUGCUCCCGAAUCAUCGACCAAUGACUCUGCAAGUAGCAGGCCCCAAGAUUUGAUAGAUGACCAUGUUCGAAAUUCAGGAUCUGGUUCACCAGCAUCAGUUUCAGUGUCUGACCAUCAACUCCUUGAUAAGAAAGAGGUUUCAAAUGCACAGAACUUGGAAAAUUAUCCAGAUGUUGGAUUGGUCCAAGACAGCAGUGCAUCUUAUGUUCCACCAGACUCACAACAGCAGCAAGAUACUUCUGAAUUGCCAAAUUUCUCGGCAUAUGAUGCCCAAACUGGUUAUGACAUUUCGUACUUUGGACCAACAGUUGAUGAACAUGUCCGGGGACACGGGUUACCGUCACCGCAGGAGGUCCUUAACUCGCAUGCCGCAAAUAGUAUCCCUUCUUCAUCAAUGGGUAUGGUUCAGCAGCAGCAACCGAUGGCUCAGAUGUAUCCCCAACUUCAUGUUUCCCAUUUUGCUAAUCUUUUGCCCUAUCGUCAGUUUCUCUCUCCUGUCUAUGUUCCACCAAUGGCUGUGCCUGGUUACUCCAGCAACCCUGCCUAUCCUCAUCCCUCAAAUGGCAGCAGUUACGUGUUGAUGCCUGGUACUAGCUCCCAUUUAACUGCUAAUGGGCUUAAGUAUGGAAUCCAACAAUUCAAACCAGUUCCGGCAGGCAGUCCUACAGGGUUUGGGAAUUUUACUAGUCCAACUGGUUAUGCUGUCAAUGCUCCUGGUGUUGUUGGAAGUGCGACAGGCCUUGAAGAGUCAUCUCGGCUCAAAUACAAAGAUGGCAACUUGUAUGCUCCUAAUCCACAGGUGGAGACAUCUGAAAUUUGGAUGAAUCCAAGGGACCUGCAAUCAGCUUCAUACUACAACAUGCCUGGACAAACCCCGCAUGCUGCUGCUUAUUUGCCAUCCCAUACUAGUCAUGCUUCAUACAAUGCGGCUGCUGCGGUUGCACAAUCUUCUCAUAUGCAGUUCCCAGGCUUGUAUCAUCCUCCUCCGCAGCCUGCUGCUAUUGCCAAUCCCCAUCAUUUAGGCUCUGCCAUGGGUGGCAAUGUUGGGGUUGCUGCCGCGGCACCUGGAGGUCAAGUCGGUGCCUAUCAGCAUUCUCAGUUGAGUCACCUGAAUUGGACAGGAAACUUUUGAAAAUAUAGUCAAUUGAGCCCUUUCAUGCAAGGGAGUGACACUAGCAUAGAAGGUUUCAGUUUUCUUGUGAAAUGAAAAGGCACAAUCUUUGCUGAUUAAUGCAGUUACGUUGAAAAUUA